AUGGUCCCCGGCGACACCACUAUGCCGGGUGCUGCCCCUGGAGAGACUAUUGUCCCUGGAGUUCUGCCAGGUGAAGCUUCCACCAUUCCUGCUGAUGUCUCUGCCACCUCGGUAUGGACUGGCCUUAAGGGACCUGGUUCUGCCUCGAUUUCUACAUACCCAUAUGGUCCUUCAGUCACUGUGGGAAGUCAAUCUCACACCGGCACUCUUACCCGUGUCACCCCUACUUUCACUAGCGUCGUCGCUUUUUGCGAUGCUGCUUGCCAAGCAUCCAAGACCUCUACCGGCCUUGCGGCCCACACGUCUCCUGUUUCAGGUGGUAGCGCUGGCAAGCCUAGCCCCAGCCCUAGCAUCAUCCCCUUCAACGCCGCCGGUCGUGCUACUUUGUCCGGUGCGGCCGUGGUGUUUGGAGCUAUCUGUGCUGUUGCCAUGCAAAUCUAA